CCAAUCUUGAUACCUGUAAUAUCAGCAUAUGUGUCAGCAUUGGUUUACCUUCUCUUUAGCUAUAUAGGAUAUAAAAGAUUCUUGAUCAAUGAGCUACCAGAUGAAAGCACAAAGAAACUGACAUACCACAACAUGAUUAAAGUAACACUACCCCUAGGACUACAAGAAUUGAUCGAAAGAUGUGAAACUAUAAUUCUCAGCUUUACAGUUGCACAACUAACUCCAUCUAUAUCUAUGCGAAGUAUGGCACUGGCGAACAUUCAUGUCCUCCACGCAGCAUUUUAUUCAUUGCGAAGGACAUUGGUCAGUAUCGCAACAAUGGUAUCUGCAUAUCUUGCAUCUGGGAGUAACUCAUCAUUACAUUUUGACCAUGAACUAGUUAUCUGCACCUCCAUUAUUGCAAUUGUUUCAUUUUUGAUUUCAAUUUCAAUAUGUUGGAUAACUCCCAUUACAAGGGUUAUAUUCUUAUAUUUAUUUCAUAUUUCUGAAGAAAAUUUCAUUGGAGUAUACUAUCCCUUUAAGUUGUUUACAUUCUGGCCGAUUGUUCAAACAUUUGCUUUGUUUUCCCUUGGAAUUUUACUGCAUAAGAAAGACACGAAGAUGUCAAUAGUGAGUUCUGCUUGUCAAGUCAUUAUAAUGGGUUGCCUACCAUUUGCU